AUGCGGCCGCCCCUCGCGCUGCUGCUUGCCUGCGCGCUGUGCCCCGGCUGCAGGCGCCGAGGGGCCGCGGCCACGGCGGCCUCGCUGACGUCGCUGGCGGCGAGGGAGCGGCGGCACACGCGCGGCGCUGCGCGCCGCGCCGGAGCGCAGCCGCCCGCAGCGCCGCCCGCCGCCGCGGAGGCCGCUCAGGCGCCGCGCCCGCACGCGGGCGCGCCUGGCGAGAUGGCGAUGGGCGAGGCCCUGGAGCGGGUCCCUGCCGGCCUCGCGAGCAGGUUCGCGAACCUCACCGGCAGCCGCGGGGCGGAGGACGCGGAGCUCCAGGGCGUCCUGUCCCAGCUGAGCGGCGUCUAUCUUCACGCCCUGCAGGAGGCCGACAACGUCACGCUCGCCUGCGAGGACGGGCGGGCCGCGUCCGAGCGCGCGGUGAAGGACGCCCGCGAUGGCCUCAAGGAGGUGGAGCGCCAGUUGACUCUGCAACAGGACCGUAUGCACAGACUGCAGGCCAGCGCGGACCGCUGCCUCGCUGACGCAGAGGCGCUCCGCGUGCAGUUCCUGGCCGAGCGCACCAGGUGCGAGCAGAGCAGGCAGCGCCAGCGAGAGUCCCUGAGCGUGCUGCAGCACGACGCGCCUCUGCUGCGCGGGCUCGUGGCGAGGGCGACUGGCAGCUGCGGUCCGUCUGGAGGGAGCCCGCCGCCGCUGGUGCAGUGCCUCGGCUCGGACGGCGCCCUGAACAUCACGUUCGCCGACGCGGACCUCCGGGCCGCGGUCGCCAGGCUCGGCGGCGCCGCGCAGCGGGCCGUGUCCACCCACCUGGACCGAUCCGUGCAGCGGCGCGGGCCGCCGCAGCGGCUCAGCAUUACACCCACGGCUGGGGUCGAGGCGGAUAUCAUGAUGCUGAUGACGAACAGGUCGAGGGCUCGCCGCGGGGCCCACAGGAAGAGAUCCGCGCACCGCCGUAGGCACCGGCACCGGCACCGCCACGGCCACGGGAAGAGGGACCAUGGCCUGGCCUUCAUCACGAAGGGCGUGAGGCGCGAGCGCGCGGGCGGCCCAGCCUCCGCGGCAGCAGCGGCGGCCUGCAGCGCGGUGCCCCCGCCGUCAUGCGAGGGCCUCGCCGACUGCCUCGCGACGGCCGCGGGCUCCUUAGAGGACCUGAUCAGCGAGGUGAGCGUGCAGGCGGAGGCCGAGGACAGCCGUUGCCGACGGACCCUGGAGGACCACGAAGGGCAGGUGAAGGCCCUCACGCGUCAGGCGGACGACGCGGGCGUCGAGCUGGCCAACGCCGCCGCGGAGCUCAGCGACUUGGAGGCGUUGCGUCGCGAGAGGCGGGCGCAGGUGCGAGACGUCACCGCCGAGCAGGCUCAGGACGCCGACGAGUGCGUGAAGCACCUCGCGGACGCCUCGUCCGCGAUGCUGGCCACGCGGGCCCUUCGCGAGAGGCUGCGCCGCGACGGCGCGGAGGGCAGCUUCGUCGGCGACUGCGAGGUCACCGGCUGGGUCCGCGGGCCGUGCUCGGUCCCUUGCGGCGCUGGCGGCGUGCAGGCGCUGCAUCGCAGCAUCGUGGUGGCGCCCCACGGCGCGCGGCUCGGCGAGGAGGCCCCAGAGUGCCCUCCCCUGCAGCUCGGUCGCGCGUGCAACGAGGUGCCCUGCCCGGUGGACAGCGAGAUGGGCCGCUGGCAGGAGUGGUCUGCCUGCUCCCGCGCCUGCGGCGGCGGCACGAGGACGCGGCGGCGCACCGUGGCGAAACAGGCCCAGCACGGCGGCCUCCCGGCCGGCGAGACGAUGCAGGAGCAGACUUGCAACCUGGAGCCCUGCGACCGGGACUGCGAGCUGGCGGCGUGGGGCGCCUGGGCUGCAUGCAGCAAGGCAUGCGGCGGAGGGCACCAGGUGCGCACCCGCCAGGUGCUCCGGGCCGCCCUCGGGGGCGGCGCUUGCCCUCCGCCGGAGGACCCGCAGCGGCAGCAGACCGCCGGUUGCGGCCCGCAGGCCUGCGCCGCCUCGCCGCCGCCGAGGUGCGCCUCGCGCCUGGACCUGGUGCUCGCGCUCGACUCGUCGGGGAGCGUGGGCGCACCCGGCUUCCACCACGCCAGGCGUUUCGCCCAGGCUGUCGUGUCCCGCUUGGGACUGGAGGACGGCUGCGCCCAGGACGCCCGGGCGGCGUCGGCCUUGGCGCAGGUCGGGAUUGUAGACUUCGGCAGCCUCGCGCGGAGCGCGCAGGUGCCCACCAGCUGCAGGGCCGCCCUCAACGCGAGCCUGGAGGCGCUCCAGUGGCAGGGCACGGCCACGAACACCGGGGAGGCGCUGGCACUCGCUGGCGAGCUCCUGGACCGCCACGCGAGGCCGGGCGCGCGCCGCGCCGUCGCGGUCGUCACGGACGGCGAGCCCGUGAGCACCUACAUCGCGCGGACGGAGGCCGAGAAGCUCCGGCAGCGCGGCGUGCGCGUUGCUGUCGUCGCGGUGGGGGUCGGCGCCCGGGGCGCGGCCCGGCGCUUGGCGUCGUGGCCACCUGAGGAGAACGUGGUGACCGCGGACGAGUACGAGGCGCUGGGCGAGGAGAAGGUGGCAGAGCUCGUCGCCGACCUGUGCCCCGAGCUGUCGUAG